AUCAAAGCCUACUAUGUCUAUACGUAGCAAGUACAAUACAAGGCAAAAUUCGAAUCUCCCAUUGUUUUUUAAUUAGUUUGGUGAAAACUGAAAAACCUUAGCCCUUCGCACACCAUUCUCUUCGUUUCAGUCUUCACUUCUGCAACUUCCGCUCAUUCUUUCUUAUCCAUUUCUUCAUCUUCUUUAGAUUUGCUGUUGUUUUGUGAACAAAUGGCAUCAACAUUUACUAGCAUGUCUACAAUGGCGGUUCCUGGUGCUCGUGUCAUGGAUAAGAAACCUUUUACAUGUGCUGGCAAAUUAUCAUCACUGGCGUCCGUAUCUUCGUCUAGUGGCCUUAGUAGACGAUCCAAUGUUGCUUUGCGGAAGUCACAUUCUACAAAGAUCAAUGCCAUGGCUAAGGAGCUGUUUUUUAAUAAAGAUGGUUCUGCUAUCAAAAAGCUGCAAAGUGGGGUGAACAAGCUCUCUGAUUUAGUGGGGGUCACACUUGGUCCAAAGGGACGGAAUGUUGUUCUAGAGAGCAAAUAUAGUUCUCCGAAGAUUGUCAAUGAUGGAGUGACUGUCGCCAAGGAGGUUGAGUUGGAGGACCCUGUUGAAAAUAUCGGGGCAAAGUUAGUGAGGCAGGCAGCUGCCAAGACUAAUGAUUUAGCUGGGGAUGGAACCACUACAUCGGUUGUCCUUGCACAAGGAAUGAUUGCGGAGGGUGUCAAGGUUGUUGCAGCUGGUGCGAACCCUGUUCUAAUCACCCGGGGCAUUGAGAAGACUGCCAAAGCUUUAGUAUCUGAGCUUAAGUCUAUGUCGAAAGAGGUUGAAGACAGUGAGCUAGCUGAUGUCGCUGCAGUCAGUGCUGGAAACAACUAUGAAGUUGGGAAUAUGAUUGCUGAAGCAAUGAGCAAAGUUGGAAGAAAAGGUGUUGUGACCCUCGAAGAAGGAAAAAGUGCUGAGAAUAGUCUCUAUGUUGUUGAAGGAAUGCAGUUUGAUCGUGGUUUUUUAUCACCUUAUUUUGUCACUGAUGCUGAGAAAAUGACAGUAGAGUAUGAGAAUUGCAAGCUGCUUCUGGUUGACAAGAAGAUUACAAAUGCUAGAGAUCUAAUCAACAUUUUGGAAGAUGCUAUCAGGGGAGGAUACCCUGUGUUGAUUGUUGCUGAAGAUAUUGAACAAGAAGCUCUGGCUACGCUUGUUGUGAACCGAUUGAGAGGGUCUUUAAAAAUUGCAGCCCUCAAGGCACCUGGAUUUGGUGAACGUAAGAGCCAGUAUCUUGAUGACAUUGCUACACUAACUGGAGGAACCGUGAUUCGAGAUGAGGUUGGUCUUACAUUGGACAAGGCUGGCAAGGAGGUUUUAGGUAAUGCUGCUAAAGUAGUUCUUACGAAGGAUUCAUCCACCAUAGUGGGUGAUGGAAGCACUCAAGAAGCUGUUUCUAAACGGGUAGCACAAAUAAAGAGUCUUAUUGAGGUUGCUGAGCAAGAUUAUGAGAAAGAAAAGCUUAGUGAGAGAAUUGCAAAGCUAUCUGGUGGAGUAGCUGUAAUUCAGGUUGGAGCACAAACUGAAACUGAGCUGAAAGAAAAGAAGCUGAGAGUUGAAGAUGCUCUUAAUGCAACUAAGGCUGCAGUUGAAGAAGGCAUUGUUGUUGGUGGUGGAUGCACUCUACUUCGGCUUGCAUCUAAAGUGGAUGCAAUCAAGGACCAACUUGAAAAUGAAGAAGAGAAGGUUGGGGCAGAUAUUGUCAAAAGAUCACUCAGCUAUCCCUUAAAGUUGAUUGCCAAAAAUGCAGGUGUAAAUGGAAGUGUAGUCAGUGAAAAGGUGCUGGCUAGUGACAAUCUAAGUUACGGUUACAAUGCUGCCACUGGACAAUAUGUAGACUUGAUGGCUGCAGGAAUUAUUGAUCCAACCAAGGUUGUGAGAUGUUGUCUGGAGCAUGCAUCAUCAGUGGCAAAAACAUUUUUGAUGUCAGAUUGUGUAGUUGUUGAGAUCAAAGAACCGGAGCCCAGCCCUGCCGGAAACCCCAUGGAUAACUCUGGGUACGGUUACUAAACAUAAAUUGAAUAAUUUGAAGAAGCUAAAGAGAGUUAAAUGAAGCUUGGGCAUCCGUUUUUGUAUGAUUAGACUACGAUUUUACAAAGCUGUAAGAUCGCGAUUUUUUGGAUGAGUAGUUUGUAAGAUGAACUUGCGGGAAUUUAUAUCAUUAGCCAGUGAAAUAUAUGUUUUGUGUUCAGUCUUCUUUCCUAUGCUUCUCCAGAAAUUUUUAUGUGUAUUGAUUUCACUCGAAUGAUGGACCUGGAUCGCUGGCCCCAGCCUCCAGCCAACUUCUAUCCUCGUAAAACGACCAUGCUGGAUCAAAGCUUGUGAAUGGAGAGCUUAGGAAUUGAAUUGGU